AUGGCCCUCAGCUACGCCAUCGGGGUCCGGGGGGGUGAGAUGGGGGGGCGCAGCCGCGAUCGGAGCGUCGGGGUCCUCCCUCCCCCUCCCCCAGCCGUGGCCCAGCAAGGCCUCGAGCCGAAGCCUUGGGCCUCAGUUUCCCUCCCUCGAUUCCCGCCUCUCUUUUGUGUGCUUGGUCCCCUGCGGAGAAAGUUGAUUUUAACAUCAUUUCUUUGUGUUCUAGAUUCUGGAAGUUAUGGUCAGUCUGGGGGCGAUCAGCAAAGCUAUUCCUCUUAUGGCAAUCAGAGCAACCAGAGCUAUGGACAAGCACCACAAGGUUAUUCUGGCUAUGGGCAAACGGCUGAUUCCUCUUAUGGACAGAACUAUGGCGGCUACUCAAGUUAUGGACAGAGUCAAUCAGGUUAUUCACAGUCCUACGGUGGUUAUGAAAAUCAAAAGCAGAGCUCAUAUGGCCAGCAAUCUUAUAAUAACCAGGGACAGCAAAACACGGACUCAUCGGGAGGCCAAGGUGGAAGAGCGCCUUCAUAUGACCAGUCAGACUAUGGUCAGCAAGAUUCAUAUGACCAACAGUCAGGCUAUGACCAACACCAAGGUUCAUAUGACGAGCAGUCAAAUUAUGAUCAGCAGCAAGACUCAUAUAAUCAAAAUCAGCAGUCCUAUCAUUCACAAAGGGAAAGUUACAGCCACCAUACACAAGAUGACCGUCGUGACAUGAGUAGGUAUGGAGAAGAUAAUAGAGGAUAUGGCGGGUCACAGGGAGGAGGUAGAGGGCGUGGGGGAUAUGACAAGGAUGGAAGAGGUCCUAUGACAGGAUCAAGUGGUGGUGACCGCGGUGGCUUCAAAAAUUUUGGUGGUCACAGGGAUUAUGGACCGAAAACAGAUGCUGACUCAGAGUCUGAUAAUUCAGACAAUAACACAAUCUUUGUCCAAGGACUUGGAGAAGGUGUAUCAACUGACCAAGUUGGGGACUUCUUUAAACAAAUAGGAAUUAUUAAGACAAAUAAGAAGACCGGCAAACCAAUGAUAAAUCUAUAUACAGAUAAGGACACAGGCAAGCCAAAAGGAGAGGCAACAGUGUCAUUUGACGACCCUCCUUCAGCUAAAGCAGCAAUUGACUGGUUUGAUGGAAAAGAAUUCCAUGGUAACAUCAUCAAAGUGUCUUUUGCCACUAGAAGACCUGAGUUCCUAAGAGGAGGUGGAAGUGGAGGUGGGCGACGAGGUUCACGUGGAGGGUAUAGAGGACGUGGAGGCUUUCAGGGGAGAGGUGGAGACCCUAAAAGUGGUGACUGGGUUUGUCCUAAUCCGUCAUGUGGAAACAUGAACUUUGCUCGGAGGAAUUCCUGUAAUCAGUGUAAUGAACCCAGACCAGAGGACUCUCGUCCUUCAGGAGGAGAUUUCCGGGGGAGAGGCUACGGUGGCGAGAGGGGCUACAGAGGCCGGGGGGGUAGAGGUGGAGACCGAGGAGGUGGUGGCUAUGGAGGAGACCGAAGUGGCGGUGGCUAUGGAGGAGACCGAAGUGGCGGUGGCUAUGGAGGAGACCGGAGUGGCAGCGGCGGCUACGGGGGUGACCGGAGUGGCGGUGGCGGCUAUGGGGGUGACCGAAGUGGCGGUGGUGGUGGCUAUGGGGGUGACCGAAGUGGCGGUGGUGGCGGUUACGGAGGUGACCGAAGCGGUGGUGGUGGCUACGGAGGUGACCGAAGUGGCGGCUAUGGUGGGGACCGAAGUGGCGGCGGCUAUGGAGGGGACCGAAGUGGCGGUGGCUACGGGGGAGACCGAGGUGGUGGCUAUGGCGGAGACCGAGGAGGUGGUUAUGGUGGCAAAAUGGGAGGCAGAAAUGACUACAGAAAUGAUCAGCGUAAUCGACCAUACUGAAGACCGUCUUGAUUGUUCCUUUGCCUCUGACAUGUUCGAUAGUGAAGUUGCCAGAGUUCUGCCUGCUGCUUUCCUUGUGGCCUCUUC